UCGCCCAAGCUGACCAACACCUGACGCCUUUACCCCCAUCAGCCACCUCAGCAUCCCACCGGCCCAUUUUGAAUCCUGUAAGUCUAGGUGGUUGGCCUUGGGUGUUAGUGUUGUUGUUUAGUCUCGCCUGGGGCCUGGGGAUCAACUUCUUCUCUAUCGGGCUACACACACUCACUCACACACGCUCGCUGACACUCAUACACACACUCUCGCUCGAGUGGGCUGAUCGCUAAAAGUCCAAACCUUUGUUCUGCAGCGCGCCGCGUCCGCCUCUCUUCUCUCUCGCCCAAAUAACCUCUCCCCCCUGCAACGCCCUGUCUAUCAGUCGAAUCGGCAUUAUUCUCGCCCGCCAGUCUUACGCACAGGGUCGACGAUAUUCCCACGCACAGGGCCGAGCCGUCUGAAGCUAGCCCACCUAGCACCAACAAGCCUUCAUCGUCCACGAAUGAACGAUCUCUUAUUUCAUCAUCGACACACCCACGCCGAAGGCUCAGUCGACCUCUGUGCAUCGCGUUGCAGAAUUUCGUCGAAAGAAUCCCGCUAGCUGAGUAAUUGCUGCAAUCUUACAGGUCAGGCCGCCUGCAGCCGACCCCGUGAGGACCCUCCCAUCGGUGCCUCGCAUCACCCCCAUGGCACACGGCCACCUCGCGCAGCACCCAAUCGAGCAAAACACGCUGUUGGCACGACCGGAUCUGUGAAUCAUCAAUUGUCUCAUUGGACGGCGGCCUCCUCCGCGCCCUCGUCUCUCUGACCUCUUUGAUGCAGGUCCAUUCUGAUCUGUGCCCUGCUGCAUUACCCGCGGUACAUACAGCAUACAGCUUGCCGUUGGAAAGAGGGCCCCGACUAAUACGUGAGUCCCGUUUGGUAAUGCGCCGUACUGACACGGAUAGACAGAGCUUUGCGCGUCGAACCACUUUCCAUAGCUGUCACAGAGCUCUCGUUUUGAAAACUACCUCAUCCACUUGCUUGCUUGGGAAAUCAUAGCUUCUGUCUGCUCGACGACGACGUUGCCAACAUGACCGACAUUGACCCCAAGUUUAAGCCUGAAUCUAAGCUUGACCUCGAGCUAUCAGUUUUGAAUCCCCAUCCUGAGAGGAUUCCAGGUCCUCGCCUUCUUCAAGAGCUCGUGCAACGUACGUCGGACAGUGCGCUACCUGCCAUUCAUCACUUGGACAACCAUGGAGAAGAGUUCUUACUGUCGUAUUCACAACUACACCGCGCGGCUGAUAGCCUGGCCAGCCGCAUCUCCCGCUCCCUGGGGAAGGCGUCGACGCUGGAGCAUUUCGUCGUUCCGCUUCUCGUCCCCCAGUGUCCGCAUCUUUAUAUCGCCAUCCUGGCCAUCCUCAAAGCCGGCGGGGCUUUCUGUCCCUUGCAUCUAGACGCGCCUCCCGAGAGAGUGAGAUUCAUCCUCCAAGACGUGUCGGCGAAGAUUGUUGUUGUGAGCCGGGACCUGGUCUCAAAGAUCCCACAGGAUGAGCCAGACAGGAUCAUUUUGAUUGUGGACCAAGAUGACGUCGAGGAGCCAACGUCACCACACUCCGUUCCAGUCCGUGAUCCCAAGCCUCACGAUCUAGCCUAUGUCAUGUACACAUCCGGGUCAACGGGCACACCCAAAGGCGUCGGCGUCUCCCACGAUGCAGCAGCGCAGAGCCUCCUUGCGCACAACCGGCAUAUCCCCUCGUUCAGGCGCUUCCUCCAGUUCGCCUCACCGACGUUCGACGUGUCCGUGUUCGAGAUAUUCUUCCCCCUUUUCCGCGGGUCUACGCUGGUCACCUGCGAUCGUGGGCGUAUGCUCAACGACUUGCCAGCCGUCAUACGGAUGUUGCAGGUUGACGCCUGCGAGUUGACUCCUACUGUCGCCGGUAGCCUCCUUCGGUCACGGAAGAACGCCCCUUGCCUCAAGUUGCUCCUGACUAUCGGCGAGAUGUUGACGGAACCCGUCAUCCGCGAGUUUGGCGGCACUGGAGAGUCGGAGAGCAUCUUAUGGGGCAUGUAUGGCCCAACAGAAGCUGCAAUUCAUUGUACGCUCCGACCAAGUUAUCCUGGAGACUGCGCAGCUUCAAACAUCGGAUUUCCCCUGGACUCGGUCUCUUGUUUUGUAGCCUCAAUACCCGAAGAGGGCAGUGCGUACGAGUUUAGAAUACUCCCCCUCGGCGAACCCGGCGAGCUCGUUGUCGGAGGACACCAACUAGCCAGCGGGUAUCUCAAUAGGACAGCACAGACAAACGCAGCAUUCAUCGAUACCACACACGGACGCGUCUACCGUACAGGGGACAAGGCCAUCAUGAACCCAGAUGGAACCCUGGAGUGUCUUGGGAGGAUAUCUGACGGGCAGGUCAAGCUCCGUGGCCAGAGAAUCGAGCUAGGCGAAGUCGAGCAGGCAGCGAUGCGAACUGAAGGAUGUCACAGUGCUGUGGCCAUGGUCCUCGGCGGGAUUCUAGUCGUAUUCUGUGCCGUCGACGAAGCGUCAACCCCGGAAGACCAGGCGGAAGAAAUCCUCAACACCUGCCGGACUUGGCUCCCGUCUUUCAUGGUGCCGGGCGAUUUGGUUGUCAGGACGAGUUUUCCGAGGUUGCCGUCGGGCAAAGUGGACCGAAAGCAGCUCAGGGGCGAGUACGAGACAGCAACGGAGCCUCAGAAUAUGACUCGUACAGAGCCAGCCGAUGAAAUGGAGCAGAAGGUGUUGGGGAUUGUGUCCAAAGCUCUGGGGAGCCGCAUUUCGUCGUCAACGCAACUCGCCUCUGCAGGUGUUGAUUCUCUCAAAGCUAUCAGGCUUACCUCGGCGUUACGAGACGAAGGGUUCCAAGUGUCGGCGACGGAUAUUCUCGGAUCCAGGACUUUUCUUGCCUUGUGCGCGCGACUCCGAAUAGCCUCAGCAUCCAAGGUCCGCGAAGAAGGUUCUCGGGACCAUGACGUAGAUCCAUCCGAGAUACACCUCGAUCAGGCUUUGGAGUGGCGGGCAGACCUCUUACCAUUGUCGGACAAGAUCGAACACGUUCACUGGUGCACGCCACUGCAGAGCUCGAUGCUUGCGGAGACAUCUGCGAACCCCCAAGCGUACUGUAACUGGGUUGAGCUCGAGUUCCCUGUUGAUGCCACGCUUCAGGCUAUCGAAAGAUGGACGCACCUUAUGGCAGAAAAAAACGAGAUCUUGCGUUCAGGAUUCGUAUCGCUCAGUCUAGGUUUCGCACAAGUCGUGUUCAACCAGCUGCCCCAAACCAACGUUCAAAUCGUAGAUGAGUUCGAUCACGACUUCAGCUUGACAUCCGACGAGGACUUUUUGCAUCCGUUCAGAGCCCAGGUCUCCAAUGGCAAGCCAGGGAGUGGACCAGUGCUCCUGUUAAAAAUUCAUCACGCUCUAUAUGACGGGUGGUCUGUUGACAUGUUGGUCCAUGACUUUUCCCUCUUGUCCGCCGGACGACCGCCAGGACCACGACCUCAAUUCCGGGAUGUCGCCAAGUUCUACGCCGACCCCGCUGUCAAUACUCGUAUGGACGAGGCGCGAAGCUUCUGGGCCGAUCACCUGCUUGGUUGGCAACGGCAUAACCUACCUCGUCUCAUGGGUCGCCCUGUUGAGACUCCUCAGGCUCAUACUGUCACCAAGAGGCUAGAUAUCCCGCAGAGUGCUCUUGAUGAGGCAACCUCGCGGUUGAACUGCCACCCGCAGGUCUUCUUCCAAGCAGCGCUUAUCUGGCUUUGGGCCGGCUUGCAAGGACAGCAGGAUGUCGUUAUCGGAUCGGUCUCAUCGGGCAGAACGAUUCCUGUCACAGGCGUCGAGCGUGUUCUCGGCCCGUGCAUCACGACAACACCCCUCAGAGUCGACCUGGCUGGCUUCACGGCUCUUUCUGACUUGGUUCGCGGUAUGCAUUCGACAAAUCGCCAAAUACUACAACACGGCAUCUUGUCGCUGUCCGACAUCAAGAAAAUCGCGGGAGUGAAUCUCGGAGACGCACUCUUUGAUGUGCUUUUGGUGUAUCAAGAGUCUCUCUACAGCCAGGAAGCGGGCCAAGGCCAAGUGAAAGAGGUUUCUCACAGAGACUUCUUGGAAACCAGUCUUCUCGUUGAGAUCGAGCCGUCUCCGAAGGGGCCGACCUGCCGGCUCACCUACCAUACAAGUGCGAUUUCCGCUGAGCACAUCUCGAUUCUGGCCGAGCAACUGGAGUCAGCAGUUCUGUACCUCAUUCGCCAGCCGGAAAGCCGCAUAGACGCCGUUGAAAAAUCAUUACCUCGGAAACUGACCUCGGUAUUCAACGCCAAGCCUUCGACUCUUUCGGGCGUUCCCGACUUGGCGGCAACCUUUGAGCGGUCGGCAAGUCUCACGCCCCAUGUCUCAGCCAUAAGCUUCGCCAAAUCUCUUCAAGACGAGGCGGUAGAGACAAUCUCCUUCGGCGAGCUCAAUUCUGUAUCCAACAGAAUUGCUCAUUUCCUUCGGGGGCAAGGCGCCAGGGAGGGGGACAUCGUGGGUUUGAUCAUGGAGAAAUCUAUCAGCCUAUAUGCGGCGAUGCUCGGGAUUCUCAAGGCCGGCUGCGCAUACUUGCCUCUGCUACCUACCACGCCGGCUGAAAGAACCAAAGUCAUUCUGACGCAGGCUGGGGUCAAGCUAUGCGUGGCUGAUGUAGAAGUCUACACGAACCUGGAAGACGUCUCCAGUUGCAAGUUUGUAGACACCCGAUCGCUCGACAUGUCCGACCUCGCGGACGACGACCUGCGUCUAACUCCAGAACCGUCUCGCCCGGCGUAUGUUAUCUAUACUUCCGGAACGACGGGUACACCAAAGGGCGUUGUCGUGACCCAGCAGAACAUCGUGAGCAACCUCGAUGUCUUGUCCAGGAUAUACCCCCACCACGGCAACCGUUCUCGUUUUCUCCAGGCGUGUUCGCAAGCGUUUGACGUUUCUGUUUUCGAAAUUUUCUUUACCUGGAAGGUCGGCGCGUGUUUGUGCUCCGGCACCAAUGAUACCCUUUUCGAAGACCUGGAGCGCGCCAUCCGGUUCCUGGGGUGUACUCACCUCAGCAUGACGCCGACGGUGGCGUCUCUGGUCGAUCCUCGUAACGUUCCCACUGUUGAAUUUCUCGUCACUGCAGGUGAGCCCAUGACCACCGUAGUGGCUGAAAAAUGGACGGGCUAUUUGUUCCAAGGUUAUGGACCGGCCGAGACAACAAAUAUUUGCACUGUCAAGAAGAUGAAGCCUGGAGACUUCAUCGAUCAUCUCGGUUUCUCAUUCGAAAAUACCUCAACGUUCGUUCUCGGCUCUUCGACUACCGAGGUUGUACCUAUCGGUUGCGUUGGCGAGCUCUGCUUUGGAGGCGACCAAGUGGCAGCAGGCUACCUGGGCAUGCCCGACGUCACCAACGCAAAGUUCCUGGACCACCCAGAGUUCGGCAGGAUAUAUCGCUCAGGCGACAUGGGCCGGAUGCUUCCCGAUGGCUCCCUCAUGGUGCUCGGUCGGAUGGACGACCAGCUGAAGCUGCGAGGACAGCGGAUCGACACCGGCGAGAUCGGCAGCAUUCUCACCACAUCAGGCCUUGCGACGUCAAGCGCGGUUGUUAUUGUUAACCGCCCCAGCUCGUCCGCUUCCCAACUGGCCGUCUUCUACGUUCCCACCGACUGCACAAAGGCCGACAGAUUUAGCACUCUGCCAGUGGACGACAAAGUAUCCGAAGCGAACGAUACCCUCUUUGGUCUCCUCCGGUCUCGCUUGCCUGUGUACAUGGUGCCUAGUUACUUGGUCCCCAUCAGCUCUGUUCCACUUACUUCGAGCGGCAAAGUCGACAGAACCACACUGCAGUCAUCCUUUCGUGACUUUGACCGGGCUUACCUAGACCGGACUGCAGGCUCUUUGCAAAAUGACUCGGACGAGGGCUCCUGGUCUGGCGACGAAAAGAGGAUCCGCGCAGCCCUUUCCAAGGUUCUCAACGUUCCGGUGGAGGAUAUCAAUCGAUGGCAGCCGUUCGCUGCCGUCGGCUUAGAUUCUAUAUCCGCCAUCUCUGUAGCAAGAGAACUAAGGAGCGCCUUCAAAAACAGAGUACCUGUAUCAGUCAUCCUCCGGGCCGGAUGCGUUGCUCGUUUGGCCCAGGAAUUGCAGUCUGCGGCAUCCGAGGCUACCACCAAUAACUUUACCGAUACGGCAACUUUGUUCCCACAGAGCUUCGUCGACGAGGUCAAGAAAAGCUUCGCAACGCAGGGAAAGACGGUCUCGGCGGUUCUCCCUUGCACGCCGCUCCAGGAGGCUAUGCUGUCCUCGACGACGAGCUCCUCCUACUUCAAUCAGAUGACCUUCAAGCUGCAUGUUCCCGAAGCAGACAUGAAGGGGUACUGGCACCACAUGCACCGUCGACAUGGAAUUCUCAGAACAUGCUUCAUCUCGACCCGAGAUGCCAAACGUGCCGUCGUCCAGGUGGUCCUUGACGAUUGGCCGAUGCCAUGGAGCGUGUUGGAAGCAAGCAGUUUAUAUGAAGCAUCCGGACGGCACGCGCAAAAGGUUCCAAGGGCAUUGGACUCGAACAUUCCACCAGUGUCACUCGCAGUGCUCAAGACCGCAGAGGGCGUCUUCCUUUCCUUUGCCUGCCACCAUGCCAUGUACGACGGCAUGGCGAUGGAGGCACUACUGGCCGAGGUCGAACAGCUCGCAACCGGAAAGAGCCUCGAUUCCCCAGUUGACUAUGUGCCGGUUCUUUUGGAAGUCAUUAACUCGCCUGACGGAGCAAGCGACUUUUGGAAGGACCAAUUCGACGACUUCAAGCCCGCGCAGCACAAACUCUCUAGCAAGCAUCCGGCGUCUUCCUACAAGGAGUCGACGCGGACUGUGACCAAGCCACUCGUGGUCUCACUCACACGGCUUCAAGAUAUCUGCAAGACAGUGGGAGUCUCGACUCUUUCCUUCUUUCAGACAGCUUGGUCAGUCCUUUUGACUAUUGUGUACGAAAAGGCAGACAUCUGCUUCGGCAACGUCAUGAGUGGCAGGGCCUUGUCGAUCGACGGCAUCGACCGAUUGGUUGCGCCCUGUUUCAACACGUUGCCCGUCCGGAUCGAGAUAUCCCCAUCCACACAAAUUCUGGCCUUGCUCAAGAGGUUCCACACGCUCAACCCUAGACUUUUGGGACAUCAGUUCACGCCCCUGCGUUCCAUCCAGAACCAAGUCUCCAAGAGCGGCAAGCAACUCUUUGACUCUCUUCUUCUCCUGCAGCAGCCAAGGGCAGGACGUCUUCCUGCUGUUUGGGAGUUAGUUGAAGACAAUGGAACGAUGGAUGUGCCUUUGGUCUGUGAGCUGACUCCCGAUACUUCCAACGACUCAGUGAGGGUCACUCUUCACUCCAAUAGCCAAUCCAUGACAAAUGAUGCCCUUGCCGGGCUUUUAGAAGUAUUCCUCGACAUUGCCUCCCGCAUUGCAGUUUAUCCCGCGUCGAGUGUUCCGACCCGACAGCAGUUGACAUCGGACACCAUACAAGUUUUGGACAAUCUGGUUGUCGAAACUGCUCUCGAUGAAGCCGAAGAGUCGAACGAGGAGACAUCAAUCGACAAGGAGAGAUGGAGCGAGGACGAGAGCCGGAUUCGUUCCGUUGUGGCCGAGCUCUCAAAGGUCCCUAUACCCAAGAUCGGCAGAAACACGUCGAUUUUUCAGCUUGGUCUGGACAGCAUCAACGCGGUGCAACUCGCGGCCAUGAUGCGAGAGAACGGCCUAGAGUUGUCUGCCCUGAACGUUAUCGAGUUUCCGACUUGCGCCAAGAUGGCGACCUGCCUCGGAACCUCUCCAACACGGGCAGCGUCACAAUACGACUUGACCAAGUUCAAGGAAGAUGUCAGGGGCACUUCCUGGGCCGAGUUCGACGGAAUUUUGCCGUGCACGCCGUUGCAGUGCGCUAUGCUUGCUGACUUUAUCCAGUCAGAGGGCAAAGACUACCUAAACUACAUGUCUUUUUCUCUCAACAAAGACAUUGCACUGGAUCAGGUCCGAGGCGCAUGGGAAUCGCUAGUCAAACAUCAUGAAAUUCUGAGGACCGGCUUUAUGCCCACACAGCAUAGAGAUGCCUCCUUCGCGAUGGUGCAGUAUUCGCCUCAUGAUUCGCAUCUACCGCUCGUAACGCACAACAGUUCCGCAGAUCAAUUCAACGUCUCGAAAUGGAAACUGGACACUGCCCACAGGAUCCUGCGUUCUCUGGAUCGGCCGCCUUGGGCCCUGGCUCUCGACUGUGGGCCAUCUAUCACAAUGCACAUCAUCAUGCACCACGCUCUUUACGACGCGUACUCUCUGCAGCUGAUCCUGAGAGAUCUCUCUUUGAGUCUCUCGGGCAACGUCAUGUCGGAGCAUCCUCCGGUUGAGGAGGCAGUCUUGCCGAUUCUGCAAGCGUCUGUCAACCCCCAGCAGUCGCAAGACUUUUGGAAACAAAAGGCGGCGGAAGUCGUCGUCAAUCGCUUCCCGACCUUGACACCCCUGACUGAAGAGUCCCCCGAGCUGCUUGUAACUAGAAAGAUCUGCGGCGCAACGUUGCCCGUUCUGUCAGACAACGCGAAGAACAUUGGUGUCCCGAUCCAGGCUCUUCUGGAAGCAGCCUGGACACGAGUCCUCUCGGCUUAUCUUGGCGAAGAAGACGUCGUCUUUGGUGUCGUCCUCUCCGGUCGUAUGAGCGAGGACACCAAGGACGCCGUCUUCCCGUGCAUCAAUACGGUUCCUGUGAUUGCGCACAACAGAUCGUCAAACUCGGAACUGCUCCAGCAACUGCUCGGCUACAACAACCAGCUUCUCAAGCAUCAAAACGUUCCUUUAGCACAGGUCCAGCGGUGGCUGGGACACCCGAACACCAGAGUGUUCGAUACCUUAUUGGUGUACCAGCGAAUGCCGGAUGAUGCGACCACAAUCAACUUCCCAUGGCAGACUGUGAGCGAUGAGGGCAACUUGGACUAUCCGGUGUCCAUCGAGGUGGAGCCACUUUCCAGCGGAGAUAUCCAGUUGCGUCUCUCUUUCAGAACCGAUAUCUUGCCCGAGCCUCAAGCAGCGCACAUGUUGGACCAGUUCGACGCCGUGCUGCAACACCUCUCUCAGAAACCAAACGAAAGUGCAGAGGAUCUGUGGUCCAGUCAUCCAUCCAUCUUCUCCAUCAUGCCGCCCCUCGAGCCAACGAUCUUCUCCGAGGAGCAGUUCUUGCAUAACUUCGUCGAGACCAAAGCCCAGACUUGUCCCGACAGGGUUGCCUUGGAGUUCGUCACCGGGUUCAACGGCGAGACUCCAGUGUCGAGACGAUGGACAUUCCGUGAGCUCAAUGAGCGGGGAAACCAGGUUGCCAACGUUCUGGCGCCUCAUGCCAAGGUCGGCCAGACUAUCGCCAUCCACUUCGACAAAUGCCCGGAGGCGUGCUUCUCGAUUCUCGGCAUCUUGAAAGCAGGAUGUGCCUUUUUGGCCCUCGACCCCUCCGCUCCAAAAGCGAGAAAGGAAUUCAUCCUCAAGGACUCGGGCGCGUUGGCGCUCAUGACCAACACUGUUGACAUCGACUUCGUCGUCGAACAGCCUCUCAUCCGUGUAGACGACACACUGCUCGACGGCGCAUCUCGGGUGUUUAACUCCCCCGAGUCUCUGAGCAUACAGGACAACUCGUACUGUCUGUACACUUCCGGCACGACCGGAACACCAAAGGGAUGCGAGAUCACCCACGAGAACGCAGUGCAGGCCAUGAAGGCUUUCCAGAGGCUAUUUGCCGGCCACUGGGAUGAGACUUCACGAUGGAUGCAGUUCGCCUCGUUCCACUUCGACGUAUCUGUCCUCGAGCAGUACUGGAGCUGGUCGGUGGGAAUACCGCUGGUUGGCGCGCCCAGGGACCUUAUCCUCGACGACCUAGCCGGCACGAUCCGUCGACUCAACAUCACUCACCUGGAUCUGACGCCCAGCUUGGCGCGCCUUCUCGACCCGUCAGAGGUGCCGAGCCUCUCGCGGGGUGUCUUCAUCACCGGCGGCGAGGCGCUGAAGCAGGAGAUCUUGGACGUCUGGGGGCCUGUCGGUGUCAUAUACAACGCCUACGGCCCGACCGAGGCGACGAUCGGCGUGACCAUGUACCAGCGGGUGCCGCAGAACGGCCGCGCUUCCAACAUUGGCAGGCAGUUCGACAAUGUGGGCUCCUUUGUCCUGCAACCAGGGACCGACAUUCCCGUGAUGAAGGGCGCCGUCGGCGAGCUCUGCGUGUCCGGGAAACUGGUUGGCAAGGGAUACCUCAACCGACCCGAGUUGACUCGCGAACGGUUUCCUCUUCUCGAGAGACUGGGCGAGCGUGUCUACCGCACCGGCGACCUUGUCAGGCUGCUGCACGACGGCUGCUUCGACUUCCUCGGCCGCGCCGAUGACCAGGUCAAGCUGAGAGGCCAGCGUCUCGAGAUUGGAGAGAUCAACCACUCGAUCCGAACCCGGGUCCCCGAGAUCAGCGACGUCGCCACUCUGGUGACGAAGCACGGCAGCUUGGACAAGGACCUGCUGGUCACCUUUGUCAGCUGCAACUCGGCCGCCGCCUCAAAAGACGAGUUGCGGGUUCUCGACGGAGAGAAUACCGCAUCGCUUGUCCGGUCCGUCCAGAAGGCCUGCAGAGAAACGCUACCGGGAUACAUGGUGCCGUCGUACAUCUUCCAAGUUCCCCGGAUCCCCCUCUCUCCCAACAACAAGGCGGACAUCAAGCAGCUGAACCAGCUCUUCCGCACGCUUACGCCCGAGACGCUGGUCCAGCUGUCGCCGUCUUCACGGCCCAGGUCCUCCGAACCCACCAGCGAGACUCACCAGCUGGUCCUGUCGACCAUGCACGAGUUCCUAGGCCAGGACACCGGCAUUUCCCUAUCGAGCAACAUCUUCGACCUCGGAGUAGACUCGAUUUCCGCACUGAGACUAUCAAGGCUGUUGCGGAAGAACGGGUUGAUGGGCGCGUCUCCCAAGGUCAUACUGAGGAACCCGGCUCUGGCAGACCUGGCCGAAGCACUGCAGCAGAGCAAAUUCUCCAAAGAGGGCAACGGGGUCCAGGAAGCACGCCAGCUCAUCCAGGCUUUCGGUCAUCGCUACCGAUCUCUGGCCGUACAGGAAGUUGGUGUUGCCAACGAUGGAGAUAUCGAAUACGUCGCUCCAUGCACUCCCCUCCAGGAGGGAAUGCUCUCUCGAUUCAUGUCGGAUCAAGAUGAAGGCGCGUACUUCACCGCGUUCCGACUCAAACUCGCGCCGGAGAUCUCCAUCGAGAAGUUAAAGGAUGCCUGCGAGAGGUUGGUCCAGUCGCACGCCAUUCUCCGAACCAGCUUCAUCCAGACACCGGCAGGCUUCGCUCAGGUUGCCAUUAGAACCACCGGGCUCUGCUGGAGAGACCUUCGCGGCCAGGACUCUGUCGAUGUUGAGCGCCAGCUUUCCAAUGCACUCCCCAAACUGAUACACAAGAACGGCGCGAAUGUGUCUAACCCACUGGAGUUGAUCGUUGCGCAGAUCGGCGACGAGACCGUCCUUGUCGUCCACAUCUUCCACGCCCUCUACGACGGGACGAGCUUCGAAGCCAUGCUCCGCUGGGUCUCUGCGGAAUAUUUGCACAAGGAGCAUGAGACGGCACCGGCCUUCCUCGAUACUCUCGCACACGGUCCUUUGGCCAACUACGAUUCAAGCCGCCAGUUCUGGGUCGAGCACCUGAGAGACUGUUCGUUUGACACCCUCCCCAGGCUCCUUGCCGGUGAUGCCACGGCCGUCAUCGCCAAGACAAAGACGUAUUCGGCACGGAACCUCGAGACCCUGCGACGAUCCCUCAAUGUCACCCUCCAGUCCGUGGUCCUCGCGCUCUGGACCUCGGUCUUCAAGAAACACUUCCCCGUUGACGCCGCCACCGGGGUAAUCGUGUCUGGCCGGUCGAUCGACAUGGACCAGGUCGAGAACACCAUCGGGCCCCUGUUUAACACGCUGCUCUUCUACGCCGGCAUCAAGGAGGGGGAUACUUGGCUGUCCCUGAUUCAGAAGUGUCACGAGUUCAACACCGCCGUCCUGCAGUUCCAACAUGUGCCGCUGCGCAAUAUCCAGAAGUGGUGCACGAAAUCCAGAGGCCGCCCCAUCUUUGAGAACCUUUUUGUCUUCCAGAUCGAGUCUCCCAGCCCGGCCGAGCCAUCGGGGAUGUGGUCCAUCAUGGAUGACUACAGCGUAUCCGAUUACCCCUUGGCUUUCGAAGCAUCGGCUACCCCCGACGGCCAACUCCGCGUGCAGAUCGUCGCGCACAGGGACCUGGCCGACGAAGCCACGCUGGACUCUUUGUUCGAGGAGAUUGACGAGGCCAUGGUCGACGUCACGUCCAGCGGCACGCAUUCACUGCCCGUGACCGAAAACCCUUCUCGGGAAGCCUCGACGGCAGCAUCGCCCCGGACACCCCUCACCUCACGGCCUGAGUCUGUUGACGGGGACGUGAUAAUGACAGGGGACCAUCAUCUCGACUUGGGCACUUCUGAUUUCGACUGGACGCCAACGGCCCUGGCCCUAAGAAGGGAGAUCGCGGCCUUGUCAGGCGCCUCCGAGGAGAGCAUCACCGAGAGCAUGGCGCUUCUCGAGCUGGGCCUCGACAGUAUCGACCUCGUCAAGCUGUCUGCCCGGCUCAAACACGGCGGCUACGAGCUUACCUUGUCGCAGCUCAUGCGGUCGCAAACCAUUGCCGUCAUGUCCCGGAUCCUCAACAGCAGGAAGCCGUCGGUAACAGACGUGGAUCAACAACAGUCCGACUUCGAGGAGCUCAAGUCACGAAUGCGCAAAGCCGUCGAAGCCACCGGAUUUGAUCUCCAAGAUGCGGAAGCCGUCCUGCCGCCGACACCUCUCCAAGAGUCCAUGAUCGCCGACAUGCUGCAGUCUGACUUUGACCAGUACUUUAACCACGACGUUUUGGAGCUCGCCGACGGCCUGGAUAUCAACAGGUUCCAAGAGGCUUGGCAUCAAGUGGUUCAGUGCUCGCCCAUCUUGCGGACAGUCUUUGUCCAGAUUGAGGAUCCGGAGCUGGAACAGACCUUUUCCCAAGUCAUUCUGAGAUGCAACCCACUCGACAUAUCCAGGCGACAAGCAAAUGACCUGGCCGACGUCCAAAGCAUCAUCGACACGCACAAGGCCGAGGCCAGAGCUGCCAACGGGAGUGCCCGUCUGCUCCAUCUCUCGAUUGUCUCGGUCAACGCCAAGCCGCUUCUCGUUUUGUCCAUCUCCCACGCUCUCUACGACGGUUGGUCUCUGGCUCUGUUGCACCAGGACGUUGCUGCCGCAUACCGAGGCCAACUCGCCCAACGCCCUCCCAUCGAACCAUUCCUGAGGGGCCUCGUCAAGACGCCAACCGACCAGUCAAGGAAGUUCUGGUCCCAGUACCUCGCCAACACCCAGCCGUCCCUCCUGUCCAAGAGGCUAUCCUCCAGCCAACCAUCAAGAGACGCAACUCACAGAACGGAGGCGGUCUCGAGCGUCAGCCAAGACCAGGUAACGGCGUUCUGCAAACGCCACGCCGUAAGCCUCCAGGUUCUGGGCCAGGCCUGCUGGGCCUCGACGCUUGCGACUCACCUGCGGACCCUCGAGGUCAGCUUCGGCGUCGUCCUCGCAGGCCGUGACUCUGAACAGUCCCAGUCCCUGAUGUUCCCGACCAUGAACACUGUAGCGGUGCGGUGCUUCCUUCACGGUUCCACAACGGGGUUUCUGCGCUACCUGCAGGAGACCAUGGGAGACAUCACCGAGUUUCAGAACUUCCCCCUGCGAAAAGCGCAGAGCGUCUCGGGAGUGGGCGGCCGCCUGUUCAACACGCUAUUCAUACUCCAGAAGAACCCCGAGUCCGAGCAACAGCCCGAGGAUCCCAUCAUGAAGUCUGUCCAGGGCUCUUCAGCGACCGAGUUCGCAGUGUGCGCCGAGUUGGAGGUCGCUUCUGAGAGCAUCGUCUGGCGCAUCGCAGGCCAAGAUACUUUCGUGUCCGAGAAGACAACGCAUCAGCUGCUCCACCAGCUUGACAGGGCGCUGCGGUGCAUCUUGGAGACGCCGGACGACAACCUGCUUCAGUUCGAGGGCGACGAGGUCUCCAUUUGUCAGCUCCCGCCGUUCCCGACCAGGAAGACGUCGCUCUCGCCUUCAAAGUCCGACAUAACAGCGUCAAAGUCGGAGGCGGAAGACAUGGAAUGGACGAAGACCGAAGGCAUCAUACGAGGAGUGCUCUCUCAAGCAGCAAGUGUCGAGGUCGAGUCCAUCAGCAAGAGCCACACCUUGUACAACUUGGGUCUGGACUCCAUCAGCGCCAUCAAAGUCUCUGCGCUUCUCCGAAAAGAAGGUCUUAACCUCGGGGUUCGCGCACUUCUGACAUCAGCCUCCCUCAAAGAGAUGGCUCGACAGGCCCAGGUCAGCGCGAGCAACGACCGAGAUGCGCUCAAGUCCUCCAAGACAACAAACUCCACCUACCGGCCGCCCAAGUCAAUUAACAUCAACGCAAUCCUGAGCAAUGCCGGUCUCGCCGAGUCACAGGUGGACGAGGUUCUGCCGCCGCUGCCGAUGCAGGUAUACAUGAUGUCGGCAUGGCAAAAUGCUCAAGGGCGCGUCUUCUACCCGGACUUCCUCUACCGGCUCCACGCGCCCGUCAGCAAGAGUCAGCUCGAGGUCUCAUGGGCCGCUCUGGUUGAUGCAGAACCGAUCUUGAGGACCUGUCUCGUCGCCACCGGGGAGAAGUCAACCCCGUUCGUGCAAGUCGUGGUCCGACCUGGUGCCGAGGGACGACAUCGGCGCAUCUCGUUCGAUGGAGACGCAAAUCUGGCAGAGGGCGAACAAUGCCGGCCGCAGGUUCGACUACGUGCCAGACCGGAAGGCGAUAAAGCUUGGCUUCUCCGGCUGAGCAUCCAUCACUCGCUCUACGACGGCUUCAGUCUCCCCAAUCUUCUGGGGAAACUGCUUUCCAUAACUGAGGCGCAAUCUUCUCUGACGCAGCUCAAGAUGGAGGCAUGGAAGACUUUCCUCUUCUCGCUUCAAGACGACGAUACCAAGGGCCGCGACAGAGCGUUCUGGACCAAGUACUUAACAGGCGUCCGGCCAGCUCCGAUGGAAAUUCUCGCAGACGGAAUCGGUCAAGCGGAUCGAGUGUCGUUCCUCAAACGCUCCGCCUUCCAGGAAGUCCGCCGUUUACAGGCAUGCUGCUCUCAGGCUGGCGUCGGCCUCCCCGCGCUCUUCUUCGCGGCGACGGCCAAGACACUCCAGAAGCUCCCGAGCAGACUAUCCGGAUCAGCAGAACCAAAGGACGUGGUGUUCGGCAUUUAUUACGCCAACAGAUCACUCGCGGAGGACUUGGAGGACACAUACCCGACGCUCAACCUGGUGCCGCUGAGGGUCUCGCUUGGCCCUGACGCCGACCUGUUGCAAGUUGCUGGGAGCGUGCAGAAGGAUUUGCACCUCAUUGCCUCGCACUCGACGGUCGGGCUCUGGGAGGUCCGGGACUGGACCGGCGUCGAGAUCGACUGCUUCGUAAACUUCCUCCACCUGGACGACGAGAGCACCGGGACCCUGAAGCGGGGGGACGCAGAACUCGAGCCCGUCUCCGAUGUAAACGACUUCGAGAGCCCCGUACUGAGCCCUGACAGCGGCGGCGAUGCAAACAAGUGCUCAGCGCGCUGGCUGAAGGACAACGCGGUCCUUGACGCAUUUCCGGAUGCUCUGGAUAUUGAAGCCUCGAUCAAUGGGGGCAGUAUGGACAUUGGCGUCUUCGGGGCUUCCACAAAGGUCUCCGAGACGACUGCUGAAGAGCUGGUUGGGCUUCUUGGCAGUUUCUUGAAGGAGGAGCUGUAGAUAUUGAACCUGGCAUGCUGUUUUCUUUGGUUUGCAGCGUUGGCUCAUUCCUGUUUUCAUGUUGUUUGCAUUGGUUCUGGACUCCGAUUGAGCAAUGAACCAAAAAGGAUUCACAUAGGUUGCGACACAACUUUUUUUUUUUUUUUCUUUCUUUCUCUGUCAUAUGUAUUUAGAUGAUUAAUGCUGAUAUUUUGGU